CACUAUGCACAACCUCUCCCUGGGCAGGGCUCCAACCCAUGGCCUCGCUCCCCAAUUACCAGCUCCUCUACCUGGGAGCAGUAGUAGCAAGCUCCUAUCUUGCAAAAUAGUCCACCUGGGACUCCAAACCCCAUAGACCCAUGAUGGAGUGGGGUCAAGACAGUGGGCUUGGUAGGGUGAAAUGGAUGAGGAGGGCUAGCACAGGCCAGGGGCACAAGCCUGAGUCCCGCCGUCAGUAGGCUUCAGAGUGAACAACCCUAAGCGCCUCCCUCCUCCGCUCUCCCGUUCGCCGCAGCGCAGACCUCCCGCCGCCAGGCGCUCGGAGAGCCAUUCCGGAAAUACCCGAGCACCCACCAGGCAUAGGCUAGCGGUUCCGGAAAUGGCCGAUCGGGUCAGGCAGUAGCCAAUCACGACCCCCGUAGCCGAGCGGCUCCGAAAAUGCCCGAGCGGUUCCGGAAGUAGCCGAGCCCUUCCGGAAAGCCCCGGAGCUAGCCGAGUCCGCGGCGUAGGUAGAAGCCGCUGUGCGGGAGCCAUCAUGGCGGAUCAGGCAGCGCAGCUGCUGGCCGACGGGAUCGCGAAGCGGCUGGUGCGGGAGGGCCGGGGUCCGAUGCCCGACUACCGCGACGGCACCAAGGCCACUUUCCACUACCGCACCAUGCUGUCCGACGGGGAGCACCGUGUGCUGGACGACAGCCAUGCCCGCGGGAAGCCCAUGGAGCUCAUUAUUGGCAAGAAAUUCAAGAUGCCAGUGUGGGAGACCAUCCUGAGCACCAUGCGGGACGGGGAGCAGGCUGAGUUCCUGUGUGACACCAAGCAUGUGGUGCUGUACCCACUGGUGGCGAAGAGCCUGCGGAACAUCGCGGCGGGGAAGGACCCCCUGGAGGGGCAGCGGCACUGCUGCGGCAUUGCCCAGAUGCAUGAGCACCACUCUCUGGGCUACCCCGACCUGGAUGACCUGCAGCAGAACCCCCAGCCCCUGAUCUUCGCCAUCGACCUGCUGAAGGUGGAGGCACCCGGCUCGUACCGGCAGGACCCGUGGGCCAUGACGGACGAGGAGAAGAUGCAGGCUGUUCCGCUGAUCCACGAGGAGGGCAACGAGCUCUAUCGCCAGGGCAAGGUGACCGAGGCGGCCGCCAAGUACUACGAUGCCAUUGCCUGCCUGAAGAACCUGCAGAUGAAGGAGCAGCCGGGCUCCCCAGACUGGAUCCAGCUGGACCUGAAGAUCACCCCCUUGCUGCUGAACUACUGCCAGUGCAAGCUGCUGUGCCAUGAAUACUACGAGGUGCUGGACCACUGCUCCUCCAUCCUCAAUAAACAACGUCAAGGCCUAUUUCAAGCGGGGGAAGGCGCAUGCCGCCGUAUGGAAUACAGCCGAGGCCCAGGCCGACUUUGCCAAGGUGCUGGCGCUGGACCCAUCGCUGGGCCCCGUGGUGGCCAAGGAGCUGCGCAGCCUGGAGACGCGCCUGCGCCAGAAGGACAGUGAGGACAAGAUCCGCUUCAAGGGCAUCUUCUCCCAGUAGCGGCUGCGCCAGCCCCGCUGCCUGGGAAGCAGCAGGGUGCUGCCAGAGGGGCCUGUUCUGGGUGAGGGGCUGUGCCGAUUGCCCCCGGGCCUGGGCUGGAGUGAGCUGGCAGCACCUGUCUGUCUGUCCGUCUGUGCUUGGCACCCCCAUGCUCCUCGUCCUUGCUUCCCAUUCUCUGUAGCCAAUAAACUGAUAUUUAUCCAUGGGCUCUGCCCUCCCCGCCUGAGCCAGGCCAAGGAGCCCGGAGCUGCUGCCAUGCCCCCCUCCACUGCUUCCCCAUUAGUGCUGCCCUGGGCACCCUGCAGCCUCUGUUACAUGGGUGUGAGAGCUGGGUUUGGUGCCUUGUAGCUGGUUUAUCUGCAGGUCGCUGCUGGUCCCCCAUGGGGUUACCCUCACUCUCUUAAUGCCCAGCGAGCAGUUCUCAGCCUGGCACUGCCCCCGGACUGUGGCUGCAGCGCUGUCGCCCGCCUGGGCACUGGGCCUUGGGAACCCCACCCUCUAAUUGUGCUGACUUAGGGGGAGGGGGUGGCCCUAAGCUCUGGCCCCAGGCCACCCUGGCUGGGGACAAGUGACAGGAGAGGUUCCUUCUCCUGCUGCUACCUGUGUGAGGUGGGGGCAGCUCCCCCAGUUGGGCUGCAGAGAGGGAGGGGCAGGGGAAGCGGGGCUUCCUGUUACCAACUGAUGUGUCCAAGUUUCUAAAAAUCCACCUGCAACCUG